AUGACUUCAGACAACGUACAGGUACCGUUGGCCAGUACUCAGCCAGCCGAGCCUAAGGCAACUGGCUCGACCUCUUGGGUCCACGUGUGGUGUGAAAAUGGAUGGAAGAUUCCUGAUCCCGUCAUGGGUUACUACACUCGCUUGCCCGAGAACGCGGCAUGCAAGUGGUCUACGGAUCAGGGAAAGAACCCGAAGCGCGUUGUUCAUCAUCCUCUUCCGGAGCGCCCAUUCGACCAUUGGGGAGACGAGAAGGUCCACCAGUUGGCUGCCCAUUUCCGCCAGAAGUACCCCCAGGACAUGGCUGGUCUGAAGCGACCGGUGCUGUUCGAGGAUCUGUACGAGUACUUCGACGGCAGAGACUUGUAUUUCCAAGGCGCUUGGAACCUCUGGAACCUCAUCAAUAUGCUUUUUGACGAGAACCUCCUAUUGGCGCCUGAGCUCCUCGACGCUUUGCGCAAGGAGACUGACGAUUGGGUCACCGGUUGGGCAAGCUUCGUCCCCAAUCGUCGAAGGCUUAUGAACUGGGAUCGCAAUCUGGACGUGCUCACAGUCCUCUGGCCUAGUGAAUGGUCUUCAAGUGGUAUCUCCGAACUUGACGAGUCAAAGCUGGGCAUGCUCCGAGUCUCCUUCGUCAACUACUAUCGUUGCCUGACUGGCUAUAAUCAUGCGGUUUCCCCCCCUAUUGAUGGGAACCGUGAUUCGCAGAAUGGCCAUGCAGUCACGACGUGGCUCAAGCAAACAUACCCCUCUCAGGGAUUCACGCCGCCUUUCAACAGCGUUUCUCAUGUGGACCAUAACCAUAAACCAACCGGACUUGCCAACACUGUUCAGAACAAGCCUACGGGCCCGAAGCACCCUGUUAUUGUGAACGGGUCGAAGUCAGUGGUUCCAAGAAUCAGGAGAUCGGAUGACACCUCUCCCCUUGCGAACAAGGGCAAGAAUGCCAAUCAAGACAGUGACAUGCUUCGAGUUGUCAGCACCGACGGUGGAAGUCCCGAUUCUGAAGGAACCUGGAAGAGCGACUCUUACUACAAGCCGGGACAGCCUUCGAAAGAGCAGGACGCCAAGAAGUCGCAUCAGUCAAGCAUCUCUGACCCAUCAGCUAACACAGAGCCAUUCCCGAAGCUCGCUGACUCUCUUCCGUUUCCCUACAAUUCUGCCACAGGAUACGAGUCGUCUUUUGUCAACCAAUCAGCUGGAGGCACUUACGUCGAGAAGCAAACUCCCUUGGCCGUCACCGGCUCUCAGAGGCCGCAAACUGCGGUACCCGUUCAACACAUGACCGCUGCCAAACAGGGUGCGCCGUUCACAAACGGAACCCAGAGCUCUCAAUUCUCUGGGUAUCCGCCACCAUUGUCACAGCCUCCGGUUAUCAAGACCCAAACCGCUCAAGUGCCUAAUGCCUACCAGGCACAUUUGCAUUCGACCCAACCAUUGCAAGCCCCAGUCACCAACGGCCCGAUGCUUAGUAUAAUGCAGCCAGGCCAGAUGUACGGCCCUGCUCCGCCGGAUCUCAUGGCCAUGCGUGGCUCUCAGCAAGUCCCGCCUCAAGGUGUUAAUGCUUAUACGGCUCAGACUACGCAGGCAGGGUUUCCCCAGCCUGUUACGCCGAUGAUGUACCCUCAGAUGGCAAUGCCUCGUCAUAUGGUAUCAAUGCCCAUGCAGACAUUCAAGCCGAAUCUUGUCACUCAGCCCCAGGAGAAUGUGGCCCCAAACCGCCGUUUCAGCAAUCAUAGCAAGGCGCGAACCUCCCCUCCCCGCAAUGGUUGGCAGACAAAGAUUCGAGACGAUCCCAUCCAUGGGGCCGUCAAGUACGGCCAGAUAGAGGAUCUUACGUGUCGUGGCCUAGGGCCUGGCCGUCCGCACGCAUACUUGAGAUUCUCACAUCAUACCCAGGCAUAUGCCACUAUUGCCGCUCUGCAAGGACCGAAGUACAUCAACAUUCCAGGCUUUGGUGAACGGGUGUUCGUGGGCUUCCCGUAUUACUCCAUGUAUUACAACAAGAGCCCUAGAUUCCAGAAUCGUCAUGCGUCGACUUCUGGAUCUAGUACUGCUACGGUCAAAGCCCCUCAAGGCUUCCCAUCUCAGCAAAUGCAAGCAGGGCGGGUUCCCGAGACCCCCUUCUGCAGAGUCCACGUCCGAGCCCAUGGAUCUCGCGAGCACGCCGUCGAGCAGCCCGGCCACUAUCGUCGGAAAUCAGCCAACAGCUCGGCGGCAUGCGGAUUCCCAGAGGUCCCCCCGUCCAAUUUCAAUCCCGAGAAGCAGGUCACUGACCAGACUCGAGAUUCUCCGGACCAGACCGAGCCCGAUCCUGAACAGCCUCGACAGAUUCAGGAUAAGAAGGUGAAGUAUAAGAAGAACAAGGCAAAGAAGAGGCUGGCAGAGAUUGCAUCCGGUAAUUCGGCUGGUGCUCAGGCUGAGCAGGUUGAAUCCCAGAGACCUCCUUCCUCAGCGUCACAGGGAUCUUCUACGCUUGGCGGCCAGAAGAAGCAGAAGAAGAAGAGUCACAGCAAGAAGAAGAAAGCACAGCCAUCUGAAUCUGCACAGGUUGUCGCUGCUGUACAGCCAGCUCCUGAAGCUGUGCAUGAAUUCACGGAGGAGCACACGGAGGCGAAGACAGAAGAGUACAUGGAGAAGAUUAAGAAUCUGUUUUCUCCCCCUACAACGGCUAACAACACACCUCCCGCGACUUCCCCCAAGGAGCCGGAAUCUGUUGUCGAGAAUAAGCGCAAGGGCUAUCGAGCCAAUGCUGGUGGCUCACUGAAGAUGCAGAAGAAUCGACCCCCUGCGCUAUCUCAGAACACCUUCAAGCGCCCUGAAGGCUCCGAGACUGCUCAGCUGUCCACCAUCGCUGAGGCGGCUCCCAAAGAAAUUGCAGAGAAAGCUUCUGAGAUUUCUCCGACUGCACAUGUGUUCACCAAUCAAAAGUUUGAGAUUGAUCAGAUGAAGUCGAAGGGACAGUCUUCCAAGGAGCCAAAGACUCAUGAGGCUACACCAAAGACUGAAGUCCGCAUUGGCUCUCUCCCACCUGGAUUCGACCCCUAUCCUCGUCCACCGCCAUCUGCGCGAGUGUCACCCCGUGAUGACGUCUUUUCCCCUAAGAAAGAUGACAAGAAGCCGCAAGAGACGUGGAUUCACGCCGAGAGUGUCAAGAAAACCACUCCCGAAGAUAACAAGCACUUCAUCACCCCAAGCCCGUCCCCGAGAAAGGCUACCGCCGCAACUCCUUCUUCGAUUAAGAGCAACCUGAACCCGUCUGCGAAGCCCUUCACUAUCCCGCCUCCUCGGUCACUUACCCCGACCAGCACCAUGCUGACGACGAGCACGAAGCAUGGUCGGCAGAGCUCGCACAUCUCGACGCAUUCCAGUGCGCCGUCUACCUCAUCGAGGGUCUCUAGUGACCGUCGAUACUUCACUCCGCUGGAGCAGACACCCAAGGGCGUUACGACUCCGCCUUCCCCGAAGAAGGGAAAGCAGUCCCAACGCCGCGGUUUUGGGGUCGGCGCUCCGCAGGAUGAGGGUAGCAACUACAAUAACAACCGCAAGAAGAACACUGCUCGUCCGUCCCAGCCUAAGGAGCAGAAGAAGAAGAGCAGCAAGCCAGCCGAGCCAGCGGCCCCGAAGAUGAGCGCUGACAAUUUCCCCGAACUACCGACCGCCAAGAAGCCCCUCGUGGAUGUAGCGGCGCCGAAGCUUAUAUUCCCAAGCACUGCGUGGCAGAAGCCGAAGGAGUCUGGAUCUCCACAGGGGUCUGGUUCGUCCAAGGCGUCUUCCAAGCAGGGAUCGCCUCAGGGACAGGAGAAGACACCGCCCAAGAAGGACGUAGAGAAGAGUCCAGUUGAGGAGGGCGAGUUGAGCCCCGCGGAGUGGCUGUUGCAGAAGCACCGCAAGGAGAGCAUGAGCUCUCAGAACGUUUGA